AGACCAGAAACAAAAUACAUUGAAACGGCACGUGCAUUCAUGGGAUAUUUCUUUUUGGCCUCAAAACGCUUUUGACUCCUGUACAGUGCUUUCAACAGUCAAUGUCGCAGACGGUCAAAAAUGAUGUCGCAAGCCAAUGAAAAUCGAUGUCGUCAGUUGCUCAAUAUCAAUUUCGCAUUUCCCGAAAACCAGGUCGUAUUUUUAGAAACCACGUCGUGCAUUUGAAAAUGAAGUCGUGUAACAAUGAUUUUCUAAGUUGCUUGUAGCCCUGUUUAUAAUUUCAUGAGAAGUGAGUGCAAUCUUUUCUUUGAAGAAAGCUGGCUUCAUUCUAUCGAAAGAAACAGCCCAGCAAAGAUUGAAGAGAGACAUGAUUGGAUUCGUAAAUGGGAGAAUACUGCUACGAAUUUUUUGACGAAUUGCGUGUUUCUUGACGAGUCAGCUUUUGAUAUCAAUAUGAAACGCUCAAGAGCUUGGUCCCAAAAAAGGUACGCGUGCCAUUGUUACUCGGCCUACUACGAGAGCAAACACAACAUAGGUACUGGGUGCUAUCUCAGCUGCAGGUUUGAUCACAGUUGGCGUAAAAAAAUCAAGACCUGCAAAGAAGAGAAAGAGGGAAGAAAAUUCAUGGAUAAUGCACCCAUUCACACGCAUGAAAACAUAAGGAAGUUGAGUAUCGAGGAUAUAAAUGUGUCUAUCAUCCUACAUACUGUCCGGGGCUCAACCCAAUAGAACAGUUCUGGGCAAUAGCAAAAAAUAAGAUUAAGCGCCAUAGGUUUUUUGCUGGAAGACACUUUAC